AUGGAGCUAUGUGAGGCUUCAGGGGCGUCUUCAGGAGUCAGCAACUUGGCAGAGGACAUCAAGACCAAAAUCAAGAACUUCAAGACCAUCCCUUUUGACUGCCGCCUCCCCAACCAGAACCAGACCAGGAACUGCUGGCGGAAGGACUUGGACUUCCGCCACUGUGAGGAGGCAAUGACUGCUAAGGGCCGGGACGUCUCUGUGUGUGAAUGGUACCAACACGUGUACAAGUCCCUUUGCCCCAUGUCCUGGGAAGUGGCCUGGGAUGACCGCGGGGCAGAAGGCACACUUCCCGGGAAGAUCUGA